AUUUGACCUACAUCCAGACAUCAACAAACACGAAUAUUGAGGCACAGGACAGACAAAUCAACAUUUAAGUACAGCCGCCCUUAUCUGCGCGUACAUGGCGUGUAAAUCUACCAUACAAACAUCGCACAUAUAAAACGCAAACCGAAGAUCAGAACGAGAAGAGAGCAAGACCAGCAUCAAUCAGAUUGCUUUUCUCAUCAUUUAUCAAUCAGAUUUCCCCAAUUUCAAAUUCGAAACUUCCGAACACGGUCUCCGAACAAAAGACAGAUGGUCGGACCAAUCAGAUCUCAGUUUGUGUUGUUUGGAUCAUCCAUUGUUCAGUUGAGUUUUGGUUUUGAUGGAUGGGGUGCUGCUCUUUCUCACUUGUAUGCUCGUAAGGCAGAUGUUGUGCUGCGAGGAUACUCGGGUUGGACUUCAAGGGAUGCUCUAAAAAUUCUUGAUCAAGUUUUCCCACAAAAUGACAGAGUCCAACCUUCACUGGCUAUUGUUUAUUUUGGAGGCAAUGAUUCAAUGGAACCUCCCACAUCUGAUGGUCCUCUGGUUCCACUCUCUGAAUACAAAGAGAACAUGAGAAGAAUUGCUUUACAUCUAAAGAGCUUGUCUGAGACAAUUCGUAUAAUCUUUCUCAGCGUUCCUCCUAUAAACGAGGAAAUGAUUAAAGAAUAUUUCGGUGGUGAAAUGGGUCGAACCAACGAGGGGUGUCGGAUAUAUUCAGAAGCUUGUUUAGAAGUAAGUAAAGAAAUGGAAAUCACUGCCAUUGAUCUUUGGACUGCCAUACAACAAAGAGAAAAUUGGUUGACUACUUGCUUCCUAGAUGGAAUCCAUCUCUCAGGAGAAGGGAGCAAAAUAGUGGUGAAGGAGAUACUUAGAGUUGUUAGAAACGCAGAUUGGAAACCAAGUCUAUACUGGCAGUAUAUGCCAAGUGAAUUUCAAGGAAUUUCAGCCAUUGAUCCGGAGAACGAUGAAAACCACAAAAUCCACAAAAUUUUGAAAUCAGAACUGGAAAAAAAUUUGAUCUGAGUAUCGUGUACCCAUUUGCAGAAUAAUAUUUUUUAUCAACAAGAAUAAAGGUUACUAAAGGCAUUUUGGUUGUAUUCCA